AUGUCGCCCCCUCGUGGCGCCGGCAUGGCUUCCAGCCCUCAUUCCGAGAAUGAAACUUCUUCUCAUGGCACUCCUUCUACCAAUCCCACCACCUUCACUCCUGAGGCUGCUUCUGGCACCAAGGGCAAGGCUCGUGUGACCGCCAUCCUUCCUCGUCCGGCUGCCAAGAUUGGUGCGUCGAAGGCCAACAACAAUGCUGGUGAUGACGUCUUCUUGAACGCUCCGACUUCCCGCAAUCGUCGCCAGCUCUCGCCAACUGCACAAGUCUUUCGUCCCAAUGCUCGCACUCCCCUGAACAAGAGCUUUGAGUUCCCUGUUCGAGUUGUUGCCGCUGCUCGCACCAAGACUCACUUCACCAACUCCCCGGUUCGUGGCAAGCCUGUCACUCCUGCACCUGUUGUCCAAGCUGGCGGCGUAAGCUCCCUGCUGAGAGGCAGUACCCCGGAACGCGAGGCCAAGGCUCUAACCCCCGAGCAGGCUCAGCCCGUUGUCCCAGGAGUCAUCGGAGGUCCUCGUGUCGGAGUCGAAUUCAAGCGUAUCCGCAAGUCCAUUUGUAAGAUCGAUGUUUCUGACUUGGGAUUCAACGAGUUCAUUGGCACCUCAUUGUCCGACGUGCGCUUCCACCAUGGAACCUUCAGCACCGAUGAGAACGUCACCCGUGCCUGGGUCGUCGCCGGCAUUCCAGCCAACUUCCGUUCCACUGACAUCGCUGUGGCAUUCAAGACUUCCUCGUUCCCUUCAUUGAGAUCCAUCAAUGCUUCUCAGAUCAUCUCCAACGGUCUCUUCACUGUCUCCUUCGCGGAUGUCCGUGAUGCUAAGAAGGCAUUUGACGUUAUCAAUUCCAUUCUUCCCUUGGCUCGCGUCUUCCCAUUGUCUCCGAAGGGACUUGCAACCGAUGAGGGCAAGGAUCCUCACCAGGUCUCUGACUUUGAAGGUCAAGCCAUCGUCACUGUCUACCACAAUGGUCAUCCUGGCAUGCCCCAGACCAAUGUGGUCCCUGUCAUUGGUGAGGUCAAGCGUCUGCUCUCCCAGUGUGGUGACAUCAAGGCCUUCCAUUCCAUGGCACCCACUCAGCGUCACCUUCGAGAGUUCCGUGUCGAGUUCUUCAACGCCGGGUCUGUUGAGAUUGCCAAAGAGGUGAUCAACGGCAAUAUGGGUACUGUCUUGGACUUCGAACCUUACAAGCCAGACAUUCGUGCUGUCGUCUCUGCUCAUGGCUCGCCUCGUAGCCCUCGUGAGCAGCUUUCGAUCACCGGUCGUUCCACUGUUCCGAUCGAUCCUGACUACGAUCGUCUCGCCACUGCCAUUCAGCGUGAAGCACUUCGCACUGGCCGUCGUCUUAGCCCCAGCAUCAAUCACAACGCUGUCGACAUCGCUCGCAUCCAAGCAGGCAUUGAUGUUCGCACUACUGCAAGUAUCAUGCUGCGCAACAUCCCCAAUCGUGUCGAUCAGUCCAUGUUGAAGAGACUUCUCGACGUCACCAGCCAUGGUCGCUACGACUUCAUGUACCUCCGCAUUGACUUUGCCAACAACUGCAACGUGGGAUAUGCCUUCAUCAACUUUGUUGACUUCGUUCUCGCCCGUGCCGGCAAGCGCUGGAACUGCUUCGCAUCUGACAAGGUCGCCGAAGUCUCCUAUGCCACCAUCCAAGGCCGCGACUGUCUCGUCCAGAAGUUCCGCAACUCUUCCGUCAUGCUUGAGCAUCCUGGCUUUCGCCCAAAGCUCUUCGUCGCUGGCAACGUUCCCAAUGCUGGCCAAGAAGAACGCUUCCCUGGACCUGACAAUGCUUCCAAGAUGCGCCGCUCUGUGGAGAAUGCGGAACAUGUCGGUCUGUUUAUCCAUACAUCUCCCACCCGACGCUUUCCCUGCCCUGUGGAGCAUCGUGUGAGACGCGCUGGCCAGAUCAAGCUUGCAAAUGGUCGUCGUGCAGGCCACUAUCUUCCACCUGCCCGUGCAAAUGCAUCCAGCCCUCAGAAAUUCAUAGAGACUGCACAGGAGGAAGUCAACCAGACUCGUGGUUCUCCCCGCACUGUCAAUGUCAACAGUCCCUAUGAUCCUUUUGCCGGCGGCCCUGCCCGAUUCUCGCAAGGUCAAGCCUACCGCGAAGAACAACGUCGCCGUCGUUCUCAAUUCGAUCGUGGUACUCCAGGUGCCGAGAACGAGAUGGGCAUGGUGCAGCGUUACCGCCUCCACGAUCCGGCACUCGACUCCAUUGAUGCCAGCAACGGCUUCCUACUCCCACACUACUAG